AUGGAGUCCCAAACGCCGCGGGACAGAAAUGUCCAUAUUGACGACUCAGCUGCUUUAGAACAGCUCGGCCACAAGCAGGAACUCAAGCGCAACUUUUCCAAGAUCUCUCUUCUCGGUCUCGCUUUUGCCAUCCUCAACACAUGGACCGCCCUGUCAGCCUCUAUCAGUCUCGCCCUCCCCUCUGGAGGUCCCAGCUCUGUCAUCUGGGGUCUCAUCGUGGCUGGUAUUUGUAACUUGUGUCUAGCUGCUCCCCUGGCUGAGAUGUUAUCGGCUUAUCCUACCGCUGGUGGUCAAUAUCAUUGGGCUGCUCUUAUUGCUUGGCCCAAGUGGUCAAGGGGUAUUAGCUACGUCACCGGUUGGAUCAACGCUGCUGGCUAUGUUGUCUUGACGGCAACGGCUCCUCUGCUCGGAAGUACUUUUGUUAUUGAUUCGAUUACUUUCAUGCAUCCUACCUACGAAGCCAAGGCAUGGCAUCAAUUUCUGAUUUACCUGGCCUUCACGAUCAUCGCCCUUGUCAUCAAUGCCUUUGCGACACGAAUUCUGCCUCUAUUCAACAAAGCCGCCUUCCUGUGGAGUAUCUCGGGAUUCAUCAUCAUCAGCAUAACCGUUUUGGCCUGUGCUGCUCCCGAUUACCAGAGCGGUGCUUUCGUCUAUGGAAAGUUUAUCAAUGAGGUCGGCUGGCCUGAUGGCGUCUCUUGGAUGCUUGGACUUCUUCAGGGUGCCUUUGCUCUCACCGGAUUCGAUGCCGCAGCGCAUAUGAUUGAAGAGAUCCCUAACGCUCGAAAGGAGGGCCCUAGAAUUAUGAUCUGGUGCAUUCUUAUCGGCAUGCUCUCUGGUUUCAUCUUUCUCUCCUGCCUGCUGUUCGUUCUCAAGGACGUUCAAACCGUUAUCGAGUCACCAGCUGGUGCUCUUCUGCAAAUGUACUUCGAUGCCACUAACAGCAAGGCUGGAAGUAUCUGCCUCAUCGUCUUCUCUAUCGUCUGCAUGGUGUUUACUGCCACUGCUAUCAUGACCACCAGUGCCCGCAUGACCUAUGCUUUCAGCCGUGACCGAGGUCUUCCCUUUAGCCAUAUCUGGGCCAAGUACAACGACGCCCUUGAGGUUCCUCUCAACGCUCUUCUCUGGACUACGGCCUGGGUUAUCAUCUUCGGUCUUAUUCUUCUCGGAAGCUCAAGUGCCUUCAACGCUAUUACUGCUGCUUCCGUUGUUGCUCUCGGUGUCACCUACGCGAUCCCUCCCGCCAUUCACCUCCUCCGCGGCGGAAACUUACUUCCCGAAGACCGACCUUUCAAGCUCAGCGCCCCUGUUCGAUGGGUUUGCAGUCUCGUUGGUAUUGCUUGGGCCAUCCUCACCACCGUCCUUUUCGUAUUCCCACCCGAGCUUCCCGUCACGGCUACCAACAUGAACUACUGUAUCGCUGCUUUUGGAGUCAUCCUUCUGAUUGCAGUGGGCACUUGGAUCGUUGAUGGUCGAAAACACUACAAGGGCCCUCUCAUUGAAAUUAAUAUGGAUGGUGCCACUCUUGAGGGCGCAUCCAUGGCCGAGACCACAUGCACUUCAAAUCCUGAAGAUGAUAUGAAGAACCAUCAUGCAUAA